AUUGGAUUAUCCGACCUGAUCCAUCGCUAUUUCUGAGCGUUGCUGUAUCUCAUUCAUUCCCUUCCCUCCCUCCUAAAACCAGAUGACCAUCUAAAUUAGGGUUUGUAUUCUCCAUUAACACCGCAAUAGAGAUGGGUGGCAAAAAGGAAUCCAAGGAACUAGAAGCUGCCUCAGCCUCGAUAAACCAAGCCGGCGUUUCUACACCAUCCAACAUCUUCAAGACUCUGUUCGGCGACGUCGUUGAGCAAAAGAGUGCAUUAGCCAUCUUCUCUGAUAGUAAUCCUUUCAAAAGAAAGUCCAAUGAAGAAACCAAUUCAGUGGUAGAAGAAAAAGUUACGGAGAUUCCUUUGGAAGAAACCAAGAAGACAAAGAAAUUGAAAUCUCAAAAAUCUGAAUCAGAAACAGAUAAAACUCAGAAUGAGAAAAAGAAAAAGAAGAGAAAAAGAGAUGACAUAGAGAGUGAAUACGAGGCUAAAAAGUAUGGUUCUCCAGAAGUUUCUAGAAAUGCGGUUGUUGUUGCUGUUGGAGAGAAGAGGAAAAAGGCGGAAAAUGCGGAGGAGGAUAUGUUGGUUUCGAAAGAGGGCGGCGAAGGGUUCGAUGAUGAAAGUAAGUUGUUAAGGACUGUGUUUGUUGGAAACUUGCCUUUGAAAAUGAAGAAGAAGACACUCGUGAAAGAGUUUAGCCAGUUUGGUGAGAUUGACUCUGUGAGGAUACGCUCUGUGCCUAUUGUGGAUACCAAGAUACCAAGAAAAGGGGCUGUUAUACUGAAGAAAAUCAAUGACUCUGCUGAUAGUGUACAUGCUUACAUCGUUUUCAAAACAGAGCAAUCUGCUGAGGCUUCUCUUGCCAAUAAUAUGGCUGUGGUUGGAGGAAAUCACAUCCGUGUUGACCGUGCCUGUCCUCCUCGGAAAAAAUUGAAGGGUGAGGCUACACCACUCUAUGACAACAAAAGAACCCUUUUUGUGGGUAACCUCCCAUUCGAUGUAAAGGAUGAAGAAAUUUAUCAGCUUUUCUCUGGAAUCAAAGAUCUUGAGUCUAGCAUUGAAGCUGUUCGAGUUAUUAGGGAUUCUUAUGUAGGUCUUGGGAGGGGUAUUGCCUACGUGUUGUUUAAAACAAGGGAAGCUGUGAAUUUGGCAUUGAAGAAAAGAAACUUGAAUAUCAGAGAUCGAGAGCUGAGACUAUCCCAUGCGAAGAAAGACGCUACUUCUACACCAUCUAAAAGAAAAAAUUCAUUUCCUGCAGAGACAGGUGGUACCAAGAAGUUGGAUUCAAGACCUGCUGAAGGUAACAGAAGGUCAAACACAAAGGCUUCUCUUUCCUACCAGGGUUUGCGUGCUAGCAAACCUGGUACUCAAAAGAAACCCCAUCCGAAGCACAAUGGGUGUGUCAAGGCGAAAUCUAACACUCAGACAGGAGAAAAGCGCAAUGGAAAAAGACCAGCUGUUGCUGCAAGAAAGGCACGGGUGAAAUCUAAAGAUGGAAGUGCUAUAAAACAAACAGGGCAAAAGCGCAAGCUGGAUAGCCGGACUCCAGAGAGUUCCAACACGAAGAAGAAAACCAAAAAAUUUAGGAAGUAAUACACACCAAAAGAAAAUAAAAAUGCUUUGUAUUAUUGAAAGCACUCACUUAGUAACUCACCCGCUAAUGCAAUGUUUAUUUAUUUGUUGUUCAUUAUUGGAUAGAGAAGGAGAGUAUUGACGACAAAGGACAAGAAUGCGUUUGUGAGAAACUGAGGGCAUUGAUAUGAAAUAUUUAACCUGCUUGUAAAUCUCA